AUGUUCUCCCACGCCGCCCUCCUGCUCCUCGCCCCAGCCGCCCUCGCAGCAUCCACGCUGAACUGCCGCGCAGCAGCCAUCCGAUGCCCCAUCGUCUUCGACGGCCGCGACUUUAACUUGGCCUCCGGCGGCGGCUGGAAUCCCUACAACCCGGACUACGUCAAGGGCGCGGGCCUGCUCUGGUCCGACAUCAUCUUACUGCCCCAGGCCGCGCCGCCCUCGCGCUUCGACUCCGGCGACAACAAGCGCCCCCUCGAGGUGACCAUCUCCGACAAGAGCAUCUUCAUGAACCAGCGCGGCUUCCGGCGCGCCGGGCUGCAGUUCGCAAAGGACGCUAACACCGGCAGUCCUGCCGCCACGGGGGUCAAGACACUGCAUUUCAGCGUGAGGCAGGAUGCGGCGAGGCCGUUGAACCUGACGCAUGAAUAUCUCAACGUGUGGCAUGAGACGGCCGCGUACGACGCGAAUCAGUUCAACUUCCAGACGGGCACCAUCAUCGGCCAGACGGGGCUGCCAAAGAACACCUUCAAGCUGCUGGACCGGAACAACCAGCUCGUCUGGUCGACGCCCAUGGCGACGGAUGGCUCGUGGCAGAACUUUGCCCUGACGUUGGACUUUUCCGCAAAUACCAUCCAAGUCUGGUACUCUGCGGGAGACGCGGCGCUCGUCAAGCAGGGCGGCGCCACCUCAGCCAACCUCGCCGGCAACGGGCAGUACCAGAUUGGGAUUUUGAAGAAACCGACGGGCACUAGCGACGUGGUGAACUCGGGGUAUCAGUCGAGCAACUUGAACGAGGGCCAGAUUUACGGGGGCAUCUUCAUUGAAGACAGCGCCAAUGGCAGUGAAGCUCGCUCUCAGAGGCGCAACGCUGAUGACGCCAUUGAGCGACGCCCACAAGUCCUCACCCUCGGGACUCUCCUCGGCCUGGCGCUUGAUAUCGGCCAGCUGCGGCGCCCACCGGAACUGCUUCUCAGGAUCGGCGGGCGCGGGGCUGAAGAGCCCUCCCGUGACCCAUCGGCCGUGUGCCGUGGUCGUCAGUCUCACCGGCCGAUCUGCAAUGUCGGCGACCAUGGGGACGUUGACGCUGUACACCUCCACGUCGGGAUGCCAGUCCCGGGCAAGAUCCUCAAUCAGCCCAACGGCGCGAUCACAUGCCGCCCGGAUGACUUCAUCAGGUUGCACUUCCUUGCUGCCGAAGCUAAGAGCCACUGCCCUCCUCCCACACUGCGCAGCCUCCAUUGCGCCGCCAACGGUGCCGCUGCUCAAGGCGUACACGGUGCUCGCAUUGCGGCCGUGAUUGGGGCCCGACACGACCAGGUCAAAGUCGUCGGGCUUGAACCCCGUGUGGAACAGCCCUAUUUGGGUGCAGCUGGCAGGGAGGCCGUCUACGACAAGCCAGCGGUGGGUACGGUCCUCGGUCUCGUCGCAGCCGGGGACGUUGCACGUCUUGUCAGCAAAGGACGCCGGGCAUCUACUGGCGGCGGUCAAGGUCUUGCCAACUGCAUGGGCCUUGCCGAUCCAAGACAACGGACGGUCAGGAAGCACAACGACCGUUGUGUGGCCAGCCUCGUUCAGGGCGUUGACGAAGGGAGCGAAGUAGGGCGAGACGGACGACGGGGGCCCGUCAUCGUUGACUAA